AUGUAUGCGAGGGUAAUAGCUGUGGAAAAUAUAAGUAAUGGUAAGGUCGGCAACGCACUCAUAACUCCCCUGCUUUUGCGGUCGUCCAUGGGCGGUGCUGAUUGCUUACCAUCAGUCUUAUAUGAAAACGUGUGCUAUGGCGGUAUGGCGGUUCGGUGGUAUGGCGGUUAUGCAAACGUUUUUCGCUUGGGCGGUGGCGAGGCGAUGGGCGGGCGGGGAUACUUCGCCGGAGUUGCCAGUUCUCAUGCACCCGCGGCCGGAGGUGCACGUCGCGUCGCUCUAGCCUGCCACCUCGACGUCGCCGACUCCGCCGAGCUCUAG